AUGAGCGCUCAGGACAUUUACGCCGAAGUGGGCAAGCGAUACUCGGCUGCUGCAGAAGGCGUCGAAGCCCAGUAUGCCUCUUCUGUCGCAAAGGCCUUUGGAUACUCAGUGGAAGAGCUAUCAGACAUCCCUCAGAGUGCCAACCUUGGCCUCUCUUGCGGUAAUCCCCUUGCAAUGGCCACUCUCCGUGAAGGAGAGACUGUCGUUGACCUUGGGAGCGGUGCCGGGUUUGACGUUUUCCUUGCCGCCAAUAAAGUUGGUCCAAAGGGUCGAGUGAUUGGCGUGGACAUGAACGAGGAUAUGCUUAGAAAAGCCGAGGAAUUAAAAGCUUCCUCCGGCAAGCACAACGUCGAGUUCGUCAAGUCGCAAAUCACACAUAUUGCUCUCGAGGACGGCAUCGCAGACUGCAUCAUCUCCAACUGCGUCGUCAAUCUUGCCCCAGAAGAAGAGAAGCAGCUCGUCUUCAACGAAAUUUUCCGUCUGCUGAAGCCCGGUGGACGAGUUGCCAUUUCGGAUAUCCUUGCCAAGAGCGCACUGCCGGAGAAGAUUAGGAAGAGCAUGGCCCUGUACGUUGGGUGCAUUGCUGGAGCGAGCCAAGUGGGCAUGUACCGAAAGUAUUUGAGGGAAGCUGGUUUCCACGGCGUUGUUAUACAGGAUACAGGAAAUGACUUGAAUGUCUACCACAGGACGGCUGUGGGCGACUCUGCUAGCGAUGGCACCGCUCGAGAUGCUUACGACCGGGGGCAAGAGGCGUCUUGCUGUGCAAAAGGCUGUUCCAGUGCGACAGAAGAUGACUUGAUCAUCAAAGAUGUGGACUUUAAUAAAUGGACUGGUAGGUGA